AUGAUUGAAAUUAAACCCAGUGUUUUGGAAUAUAAGCCACCUUUGACCGCUCAAGCGACCGAGUAUGUCACUGUGACAAACAACACAGACCAAGCUGUCGCGUUCAAGGUGAAAACCACGGCGCCUAAAUUCUACUGUGUGAGACCAAACGCCGCGUUGGUGGCCCCUGGCGAGCAAGUGCAAGUGCAGGUGAUCUUGCUGGGCCUCGCCGAAGAGCCUGCGCCCGACUUCAAGUGCAAAGACAAAUUCCUGGUUAUAACCUUGCCCGCGCCAUACGACCUUGGGGCCUCCAGUGUGACCGAGGCGUGGCCCCAGUUGGAGUCUGAGUUCAAGCAGCACGCGGUUUCCAAAAAGAUCAAGGUGAAAUACUUGUUGGGCGACGAGGCCCCCGUGCGCGCGGAGGAGUCGAGUGCUGCGGUCAAGAGAGAAGAGCCCGUCGGCGCCAAGGCUGCCGGCGCUUCCAGCAGCGCGCCUCAGGCUGAAGAGCCCCAGGAGACCAAGGCGGUGACCCUCAAGCCUGAGGAGCCAGCCCAGAAACCAGCAUUGGGGGCCGUGCAGGAGGACGUCAAGCCUGAGGCUGCCCCAGAGCCCGAGCCCGUGUCCAAGGCGGCGGCGGCGACAGCAGGCGGCGCGUCUGAGAAGCACGUGGCCCAGAAGCAGGAGGCCGCUAUAAAUCCAGCCAUCAUAGCGCUGGUUCUGCUCAUCGCAUUAGUUCUGGGGUGGAAAUUUCAUUGA